AUCUGAAUACCGAAAUAUUUUCUCUUUUUUUUUUCCGUCAUAAUCAGUUCAUUUAAAUUUCAACAAUCACAUAAGAUUAAAUGGGUUCGAAAUUUUAAUUCAGAUUGAAUUUUAAAAGAUUUAAAAUUUAUAUAUUAAUUGAACAAAAGAAAAAAUAGUGUUAAUUAAAAAUCGAAAUUUGUUCGUCUAAACAGAAAAUUAACCCUUUAGAAUUCUUAUACUAUUUAUUUAUUUUUAUUAUUUUUUUCAGUUGGUAUUAUUUCUAAAAAUUAAAAUUGAGGAAUUGAAGCUUUGGGGUCUUCUCGUUCAGCUCCACUCCAGACUUCACUUUCUAAUUGAAUCAACCCUAAGCCCCAAUUCACAAAAUCCUAAUCCCGCCGCCCGCGCCACUGUCGACGCCCCACCGCCGCCGUCUCCUGCUGCAGUUCCAGUUUCUGUCGAUCCAGAUUGAAGGGGGAAACGAUGUCGUUUAUGAAGGGAAAUUUGCUGUCAAAAACUCGUAAACUCGUUAAAGGAUUUGCGAGAACGGAGCCUGUCUGGCUUAAGGCCAUGGAAAAGGCACCGCCUGCUACGUUUCCUUGUGCACAGAAUAAGCUUAGGCAAAUAACUCUGCCAGAGGAUAAGUACGUGAAGAAGUUCUAUCAGAAGCAUCCGGAUUCGAAGUUUGAAGAUCCCAUUAAGAUCUCUGAUUUCGAUCCACCUGCAGCCCGUCAAUUUGCUUGGAGAGUGCUUGAAUUGAAGGAGCAGGGAUUUGAUGAGAGCGAUGCCAUUAAUAUUGCUGAUAACGAGUAUCGGGCUGAAAGAAAAGCCAAGAAGCAGGCCUACGCUCGGCUGAAGCAAAUUAAUAAGCUCCGGGGCGAAAGACCCCCUCCACACCCUUACCCAAGUGCUGUCAAGCAGAUUCAAGCAGAAGAAAGGAAGCUUGUUAGGGAACGGUUCGCCAAUCCCGAGAUGCGUGAAAUUGUCGAGCGACUUAAAAUGGAGAGAGCUACAAUGUUGAUGGAGAGAAAGUGGUGAGCUUUUCCUGGCUUAUGAAGUUGCUGUACCAUUCCAAUGCUAGCAGGAAGCAUUUGUUUCAAAGAAAAAUCUUGUUUUAGUUCAUCCUAACGCCUCGUCUCCUAAGGCCCAGACUUUCUUAAAAGUUCAUUACUAUGAAGAUCAUGCUACCAUUAUUGAACAAGUGGAUUUCUUUGCCUCCCUUGCAAUAAAAUUUUGUUUUUGAUUUUC